CCUGUAAAAGGAGGAAAGAUGGUCUUUCAAAUCCAUUCACUUCUAUCAGAGCUUUCAAAGCACCAUCAAACAAUUCUUAAGACCAAACAGCUCCACGCUCUAAUCUCCAAAACCCACCUCUCCCUUGAUCCAUUCUUCGCAACAAAACUCCUCCGGUUCUACGCCAUCAACCAUGACCUCUGCUCAGCCCGCAACUUGUUCGACAAAGCACCUCAAAGAAGCGUUUUCCUUUGGAAUUCCAUUAUUCGAGCUUAUGCUCAAGCCCACCACUUCAAUCACUCCUUAUCAUUGUUUAACCAGAUGCUUGCAUCGGAAACAAAACCCGAUAAUUUCACUUACGCCAGCGUAACACGUGCCUGCUACGAGAACUUUGAUUUGGAAAGGAUGAGGAUUGUUCAUACAAGAGUGAUACUCUCGGGGUUGGGUUUGGAUUCCAUCUGUGGUAGUGCACUUGUUACCGGGUAUUCAAAGCUGUGUCUUGUUGAUGAGGCAAGCAAGGUUUUCUAUAGGAUACCUGAGAAGGAUUUGGUUUUGUGGAAUGCAAUGGUUUUGGGAUACGGGAAUCGUGGCCUUUUAAACAAAGGGUUAGAGUUGUUUAGUUGGAUGAGACAUAUGGAUCAGCAGCCAGAUGGGUAUACUUUGGUUGCGCUGACAUCUGGGUUAAUGGAUUCCCGCCUGUUAAGUGUGGGUCAAGGAAUCCAUGGUUUUUGUUUGAAAACUGGUUUUGAUUGUACUGUUCAUGUGGGAAGCGCACUUGUAAGCUUGUAUUCGAGGUUCAAGUGCUUGGAUUGGGCAAAUACCGUGUUUAGUAGUUUGGUUCAACCAGAUUUAGUUGCUUGGUCUUCUUUGAUAACUGGGUAUUCUCAAUGUGGGGUUUACGAUAAGGUGUUCUUCUACUUCAGGAAACUGAACAUGGAGAAGGGUAGAACGGUAGAUUCCAUUUUGAUCUCUGCUGUACUGGCAGCUACUGCUGAAUCAGCAAAUGCAAGGUUUGGUGUUGAGAUACACGGUUAUGUUCUUCGACAUGGACUUGAAUCGAAUGUUGUGGUUUCCUCUGCUCUCAUAGACAUGUAUUCUAAGUGUGGAUUUGUGAGCCUGGGGAUCCGAGUUUUUGAGAUUAUGCCGGAAAGGAGUGUAAUAUCUUACAAUUCUCUUAUUUCAGGUCUGGGGUUGAAUGGACUUGCUUCCCAGGCAUUCAAGAUGUUUGAUGAAAUGCUAGAGGCCAACUUGAAACCAGAUGAUUCCACCUUCUCUUCCCUCCUUUCUGCUUGUUGCCAUGCUGGUCUCUUGGAUGAUGGUUGGGAAGUUUUGAGGAGGAUGAUUUCUGAGUUUUCCAUCCAACCCAAAACUGAGCAUUAUGUUCACAUGGUAAAGCUUCUCGGUAUGGCUGGAGAAAUGGAAGAGGCAUAUAAUUUAAUCUUGUGCUUGCCCAAUCCAGUUGACUCAGGUAUCUUGGGUGCAUUGCUUUCGUGCUGUGAAGCUCAUGGAAAUUCUGAGUUGGCAGAAGCCAUAUCCCUGCAACUGUUGGAAAAUGAACCCAAUAAAAGUGCUUACAGAGUUAUGCUUUCUAACAUAUAUGCUGUUAAUGGGAGGUGGGAUGAUGUAUGGAGGUUAAGAGAAUAUAUAACCCAAAAAAAGUUCCCAGGGCUUAGCUGGAUUGAAAGUGGAAAGAGAUAAGUGUUAUAUCAUGACUCGUCAAAUCUCUUAUUAUCAAAUCGGGUCAACAUGACAGUUUCCUUCUAAGAUAAAAUGAAGAAAUGUUGGCACAACUCUUUCUUACCUCAUAUUCAUAUAUGGGAGCACAAGAGAUUCAUGAUUGCCUCACUUGUAGAAUAAUAUAUAGAGAUUUUGAUGAUUGAAAUUUAUAGAUGUAAGUGCACGUUUGGAUGAAGUAAU